CGCUUAAAGAGAACCGAAACAAUGCCCGAAAGGAGGUUUAACAACUGACUUCAAUCUGGCAACCCCAGGACUCGGGCUGGACUACAGACAAAAGUUGAGGGAGUUUUGGGAAACAGAUGAGAGGAGACUGAAGCCACAUCGGACACAAAGGGACUUGUUGGACAUACACCACAAUGCUGGCACCCUGGUAUCUCCAGUUCCACCUGCCAGUGUUUGCAUGCAUAUGGAACCUGUGUCAAGCACAAUACGAGUAUCUGGGUUACCCUCAUGGUUACCCCGAGCCCGAGCAGGAUCAAUACACCCGUCCACAGAUUCCCACUGACGUGCCCAGGAUCCAGUUACGCUUAGCCGGAGAGAAACGAAAGCACAAUGAGGGACGUGUCGAGGUUUAUUACGAGGGCCAGUGGGGGACCGUUUGUGAUGAUGACUUCAACCACCACGCCGCUCAAGUGGUCUGCAGAGAGCUCGGGUACUCCAAGGCCAUCUCCUGGUCGCCUUCGGCCAAAUACGGGAAAGGAGAAGGCCGCAUCUGGUUUGAUAACGUCCACUGCACAGGGAAGGAGAGCACCCUGGCGCAGUGCGAGUCUAACGGCAUCGGUGUGUCCGACUGCAAACACUCGGAAGACGUCGGAGUCGUCUGCAGUGACAAGAGGAUCCCGGGAUUCAGGUUCCUCAAUCCAGUCACCAACAACAUAGACCAUUUGACAAUCCAGGUGGAGGAUGUACGCAUCAAGCCGAUUCUGUCCUCCUACAGGAAGCGAAUCCCUGUAACGGAGGGCUACGUGGAGGUCAAAGACGGUGGAAAAUGGAAGCAGAUCUGCGAUGAGGAGUGGAGUCCUAUGAACAGCAGGGUGAUCUGCGGCAUGUUCGGCUUCCCUGCCGAGAAGAAAUACAGCACACGCAUCUACAAGAUGUUUGCGCGCAGGAAGCUGCCGUCGUACUGGGAUUACUCAGUGAACUGCACAGGAAACGAAGCCCACCUCUCAAGCUGCAACCUGGGACGAUCACUGUUGGCCAACGACACAUGUAGCCACGGCAUCCCCGUGGUGGUGAGCUGCGUGCCAGGCAGAGCCUUUGCUCCAACCCCCUUAUCUGGCUACAGGAAAGCCUUCAGACAUGAGCAGCCGUUGGUGCGUCUGAAAGGAGGCGCGGUGGUUGGUGAGGGUCGGGUGGAGGUGCUGAAAAAUGGUGAGUGGGGCACCAUUUGCGACGAUCGCUGGAACCUGGUGGCUGCCAGCGUGGUGUGUCGAGAGCUUGGCUUUGGAACCGCCAAGGAAGCAUUGUCUGGAGGUCAACUGGGUCAAGGAAUGGGCCCGGUCCAUAUGAAUGAGGUUCAGUGUUCCGGGUUUGAGAAAUCCGUCACCGAAUGUGUCUUUAACAUGGAUAAAGAAUCAGCGGGAUGCAGCCAUGAGGAGGAUGCCGGAGUCCGCUGCAACGUUCCUGCUAUGGGCUUCCAGCAGCGUGUGCGUCUGAGCGGAGGCCGUAACCCGUUCGAGGGCCGCGUCGAGGUGCUGAUGGAGCGAAACGGCUCUCUGGUGUGGGGCACGGUGUGUGGAGACGGCUGGAGCACCAUGGAGGCCAUGGUAGUGUGCAGGCAACUCGGCCUCGGCUUCGCCAGCCAUGCCUUCCAGGAGACAUGGCACUGGCCCGGGUCGGUGAGUGCUGACGGUGUAGUGAUGAGUGGCGUCCGCUGUGCCGGUACUGAAAUGGCUCUGUCUCACUGUCUGCAUCACGGAGAGCACAUUAGCUGCCCCAGAGGAGGAGCGCGUUACGCCGCAGGGGUCUCCUGCUCCGAGACUGCUCCGGACCUGGUGCUGAACCCACAGGUGGUGGAACAGACCACGUACAUAGAGGACCGUCCCAUGUUCAUGCUGCAGUGUGCGUAUGAGGAGAAUUGCCUGGCCUCCACGUCCAGCUCGACACCGGCCAACUCAUACCGACGCCUGCUACGCUUCUCCUCCCAGAUCCACAACAACGGCCAGUCCGACUUCAAACCCAAAGCCAGCAGGGAAACAUGGGUCUGGCAUGACUGUCACAGACAUUACCACAGCAUGGAGGUCUUCACUUAUUAUGAUCUGCUCAGCUUAAACGGUUCAAAAGUAGCAGAAGGACACAAAGCCAGCUUCUGUCUCGAGGACUCGGAGUGCGAUGAAGGAAUUGAAAAGAAAUACGAAUGCGAAAACUUUGGUGAGCAAGGCAUCACAUUGGGGUGCUGGGACACUUAUAGACAUGACAUUGACUGCCAGUGGGUGGACAUCACCGACGUCAAGCCUGGGGAUUAUAUGUUCCAGAUCGUAAUUAAUCCCAACUACGAGGUGUCCGAGUCUGAUUACUCCAACAACAUUGUGAAAUGCAGGACUCGUUACGACGGUCACCGCAUAUGGAUGUACAACUGCCAUAUAGGUGGAUCAGUGAGCGGUGAAACAGAGGAACUGUUUCCAGGCCUUUUGAACAACCAGGUCACCCACAGGUAAAAGGUGGACAGGCGUAAAUGAGACAACGGAGACGCUGAGAGCUCGGACCACUACGUUUCCUUCCUUGAAUGCAUCGCCACUCUGUUGGGAUGAGAGAAAAAAAUCACCCUAUAUGAUAAAAUCCAUUAAAAACUGCUGGGAAUGUAACGAUAAUUAUGAUAUCAUGAUAACGACUAACCUUAAUCACAAUAUUGUCACCAUAUUCUCUGUCUGACUUUGACCACUAUCCUUAUGCUCGGGACAGAUUUUUUUCUUGAUAUUGUGGUACAGUUUGAUCGACUGAUUAUCGGUACAUGCCCAGCAAAGCAAACUCACUACUGGCUCGGGACAUCCAGAACAGAAACAGUGGAUUAACAGAAACACAACACCAAUUCCAUAAUGAAUCUCAAGUUGUUUCAAGGUGACUUGAGGUAACGACAACCCAAACGUAAUGAAUUCCCAUCGGCCACUGGUGUUGGUGAUUCGGCUGAUUUUUAAGGGAAUUCUGACGCACUUUUUCUUUUAGCCUUAAUGGACUCGUGCAUAAACGUGAAAGGACUCCUGACGAUCAAAAGGGGCUGUAUGGGAAUUGUAUCUGCAAAACGUUUACUGCCUUAAUAUUCUUUCAUCAUUCAACAUCAUGCAAUAUUUGAUGAUCUUAUGUCGUACAGCUGCAGUUCUCUGGAGAAAUAAAACAGAAACCUUUACUAGCA